GUGUGUGUGUGUGUGUGAGAGAGAGAGAGUGUCAGGGUGUAUGAUGUAUGGAGAAGUGUGUGAAGGAGCUGUUUGGGAAAGAUUACUGGAAUGAUCUGAGCUAUAGGAGUGUGUGUGUGUGUGUGUGUGUGUGUUUUACAUUAACACACACACACAAGACAAGAUCUGCAAAAGUUUCACCUCGGAUCUCAGGCUGAUGAGUUUCCAGGAAGAAUCUUUCAUCUCUGUUUGAUCUUUGUUUCUUUUUUUGUUUUGUUUUUGUUUUUGAUCUUUGUUUCAAACCUGCAGAGGAAACAUUGUAGCACUGGUGGUGGUGAUGAUGAUGAUGAUGAUGGUGAUGAUCUGAAUUCCUAGAGGAUCAAUGAUCUCCAGGUCUACUCCAUUCUCCAAAGAUGGAAGUGUAGAAACAGGAGUUUGAACAGAAACUUAUUAAAAAACAACAAAAAACAACAACAAAAUAAAUAAAUAACCAGGAUUGCCAGCAUGCUGAAGACGUUAACGAAGAAGCUCAGAAGACAUUCCCUUAAUGAAAUCCACCCUUUCCAGCUCAAGAUUUCCUACCAUGGCAGUGAGGAGGGCGGAGAGAGCGAAGAUUCUGAAGGAGAGAACCAAGAGCUGGCACAGAUCGACCGAGAGCGCCGCAGGAACUGUGUUCUAACCCCUCUGGCUACAAGUCAGCAGCCUAACCAGGGUCUGCUUUCGCCGGGGCGUGUCCGUCGUGUCCGGUUGCUACUCGAGCCUGCCAUGGAGCGGCACAGCUCCGAAGAGGAGCUCGAGCGUAUCGCGGGCAUCGCGAGUACCGCUGGCGCCGAGGGCGGAUGCAGGUGGCACCGACACGCCGAACUCAGCAGCACCUCCAGCGACGAGGAGGUGAAGGACCUGUGCGAUCCGGGCGCUUCCCCCAGCCCCGUGCUGUUCAGCUCAUCUCCACCUCGUGGCCUCAAACCUACACACACCUCCACGCGACUACACGCCAGACCCAUAAUCCUCAGCCACUUCGAACAGCCCGCCGUGCCGUACUGGAGACACCGGAGAGAGCCCGGGCGGCCCAGUUUGGACCUGGAGAAGAUGCAGCAGAAAAUGCUCCUGAAAAAGAACUGUGGAGGAAAAACGAGGACAAUCAAGAUCCGGAACCUGACGGGCGGGCGUCAUCCUCCCCGAUACUCUUACGAUCCCUCCAUCUUUGCCUUCCGCUCUCUGAGCACCGCGCCCCCGUGCAGUCCCCUGCUCUCCAGCGAGGAGCCUCCUUGUGCUUGAGGGGAAGACACUGGACUUUUGAGAUGAAACAGCACAGCUCGUUGGAUCAACCUAUUUCUUAUAUUAAGACAGGGACGUUUUUAUUAUCCUGUCAUUUCGCAGGGUUUUAGCCCGAAGUGCCCGAGUUGACAAAACAGCAAGUCCCAGGAGGUAGCAGAGCAUCAGGGAAUUGGGUAAUGGUGGUUUAUGUUGUUUUACCCUUUCUGACCAUAUCUCAGGAAAAAUCAUCUAACACUUUCCACAAAGACAAGGCUAUGGCUGCUGUUUUUUGAGGGUGCAAAAAAAGAAGAAAAAAAAAAAAACCUGCACAUAUGGCCAUUUCCUGAUGUUCAGGUAUAGCUAUUCGAUUGCCACUGUACUGUCCUGAGCGCAUCUUCGCUAUUUGUAGAUCGUGAAGAAUGUCUACACCAAGAGCUUUGGGCUGAGAAGGAAAUGCAACGUGACAUCAUUUGUAAUGUGAGGAUGAAAGAGUGGAUUAUUAUUAUUUUUUUUGGCGCUUAAAUGGAAUUACUUAAAACUGUUACCACCACUUCCUUGCAAAAUGAAUAAAAAUCACGCUUGUAGGCUUGACCAACAAUCGAAAUGAUGUAAACUCAAUAUUAGAAUUGGUUACCAUGUGUAAUCUGAAGGUUAUUCAUGUCUGCCAUAGUGCUUGGCUAAUGUGUGUACUGUUCUUUGAUAAACGAUAAGUUAAUAAAAAGGAAAUAAUAAAAAAAAAAGGAACACCGGUACUAGUCCGGGAUUAGACUUAAGCCGGUUUUACUCUGCGUGAUUAAAGGUGCCUUUUUAAUACUUCUCACACUGUAUGAGAUGAUCCCAAUAAAGUCUUUCAGACUGUGUGAUAA